AUGCUGCAGCGUUCUUCCAGCAUCCUCCUUCCCCUCGUCCGCACCGCCCUCUUCCGUCCAGUCGUCAUCGCAUCCUCAUCGCCUCUACUCUGCCUCGCCCCAGCCAUCGCUCCCACCACCACCACCACCGCCACCACCACCACCAGGAUGGCAUCGUCCUCGUCCGCGUCCUCCUCGUCGGCCUCGGCCGUCGGUCAGAAGCCCAAGAUCCUCUCGUCGCUCCCGCCCAUCUACUCGAUGCUCCACGAGGCAAAGGCCAAGUCGGGCCUCAGCUUUGAAAAGCUCGCGCAGGCCAUGGGCAGGGACGAGUGGUACGUCGCCGCCAUCUUCUACGGCCAGGCCAAACCCGCACCCGAGGACCUCGAAAAGCUCAGCAACACCCUCGACCUACGCACAGAGUACCUCGUAGACGCCCUCGGCGACGGCUUCUUCCCGCACAGGGGGCUCGGAGAGUUCCCGCCCCAAGACCCGGUCCUCUACCGCCUCUACGAGGUGCUCGUCGUCUACGGCUACCCGCUCAAGCACAUGAUCCACGAAAAGUUCGGCGACGGCAUCAUGAGCGCAAUCGACUUCGAGGGACACGUCGACAAGAUCGAGGACCCAAAGGGCGACCGCGUCAAGAUCACGCUCAACGGAAAGUUCCUGCCGUACCGCCGAUGGUGA